GUGUCGGAAGGGUUAUACCCGUGUGUCUGGUAUGUGUGGUGUGUGUUGGCGCGUGUGUCUGCCAGGGGCAUGAUAGUGUCCCCUCGCUUGGCUUCACUACUCAACACUUGCGGAGGUAUCGGUGGUGGCCGUUGCAGUGAUUGCAACGCCAUCGAUUCCAUUACCACCACCACUGGCGGCAGCACGGAUCAUUACGACGGAUCACUGUACGGACCACGUGCAACCGGUGUAUCGGACGCGAGUAACGGUAACGUCAACAACAACUUGUUGAUCGGUGCGUUUCACAUCGGCAGUGAACACAAGAACGGCAUCGUACCAUCGGGCGGUGAUAACAACAUCGUUCAUCACAUCUUGAUUGCUGGACAGGAAGCGGACAGGGCAGCGUUGAACCGUAUCGAACAAGUGGCAAGUUUACCGUACGGUGGAAAGUUUAGCUUCAACACGCACUUGGACGCACUUGGCACGGUAAGGAUCGUAACAGAUCGAACCAAGCUUGAUCCUUGCCCGUGCGAUAGUGCCCGGCCUGUACAACGUUCCCGUGAGCGACGAGGUAACGUGUUCGGAAGUGGGGUUUCCGCGGCCGGCAACACGAAUCGAACCGGCGCCACGGAAGGAGGGGCGGCAACGUUUGCGGAAGUUGCAAGUCUCGGUGGUGGAAGUGCGGUUGGCGGAGAAGUAGCGGCAGGAUUUGAAAGCGGCAGUGUGGGUGGUGGCGGAGGAGGCAAAGGACGAGUGAGACGUACCGCGACAAGCUCUCAGCGGCAGCAGGAAUCGUUUUCCACGAAAACGGCCAGCAGUAAUAGUGCCGAUAGCGGUGGAGGUGGUGGUGGUGGUGGCGGUGGCGGUGGAUUAGGUGGUGGAAGUGGAGUCUCUCGACAAGAGGGAGUUGAUAUUGUUUUACCGGUGGCCUCGUACAUCGGGGUAGUGGGAAGUGGUCGGCGCCAGCUCUCGCAUCCGUCGUUGGACGAUCCAAUCGGUGGAAUUGUUGUAGUGCGCGGCAGUGACUGUACGAGCAGCGGCGGCAGUAGUGCCAGCAGUGGUGACGGGGGCGGUGGUGGUGGCGGCGGCGGCGGUGGCAGUGAUAUCAUCAGUGUGAAUAGUGGGGCCGGAAGUAGUGCUAGUUGCAGCAGUACCGCUAGCAGCGGUAACGGAAUUGCCGGUUCGGUGGUCGCACCGGAAGUGCUCGGUGGCAGCUCUUUGUUCGGUUCGAUCGGUACCGGAAGGGGGGAAGCGUUCGUUCGUAACAGCAAGGAUCGCGAGGACGAAGGUGGCUCGAGUGGGAGCGGGGGGAGCGGCAAGCGCAUCCUUGCCGUGAACCGUAAUAUCGACGAUCUGCUGUUCGGCAGCGAUCUCGACUCGCUGAUCAACGACAAUAUCAUCUAUGGCUUCAAGUCGCUGAAAGUGAGCCGCGCGCAAUCACAUGAUCAGCUGGAUAGUCAGCAACAGCAGCAGCAGCAGCAGCAGCAACCGUUUUAUCAUCAUUACCAUUCGAAUCCGUUGCAUUUGCAGCAACAGCAUUUAGUGGAACAGCAACAGCUGCCGAAUACAUCGCUGGGCUACCAACCGUAUCAGCCUCAGCAUCCCGGUCAUCAUCAACAGUCGCAGCAGCAGCAGCAACAGCAACAGCAAUCACACAUUAGUCAUUGGAUUGAAUCGGAAAUUAGAGCGAGCGGCAGUACCAACAGCAGCAUCAUGUUGGCCGACAAAGCGAAGCAGAAAUUGGCAGCACAGUUUGCUUCCGGCAAUGUUCCUGACUCAACGCGGCAAAGGCAUCAUGCGCCGCUCUACGGAAGACUGGUUACAGAAGAACAUUUACCUGCCGUACAUCGUGAUAUACACCAGCGUUCGAUAAGCCCUACAUCAUCAACCGAUAUCCGGGCGAUGGAAGCUCGGAUACCGGUCCUUUUUCGAGAUCCAGCUACAGCACCCCUGCGAAAGUUGAGCGUCGACCUGAUCAAAACCUACAAACAUAUAAACGAGGUUUACUAUGCCAAAAAGAAGCGAAGAGCUCAACAAACCCAGGGAGAAGACACGUCCCACAAAAAGGAACGGAAGCUGUACAACGAUGGCUACGACGACGAGAAUCAUGACUAUAUCAUUAAAAAUGGCGAGAAAUUUCUCGAUCGAUACGAGAUCGACUCACUGAUCGGCAAAGGAAGCUUCGGUCAGGUGGUGAAAGCAUUUGACCACGAGGAACGCUGUCAGGUGGCGAUCAAGAUCAUUAAAAACAAGAAACCCUUCCUAAACCAAGCACAAAUCGAGGUCAAGCUGCUAGAAAUGAUGAAUCGGGCUGAUGCGGAAAACAAGUACUACAUCGUUAAGCUAAAACGACACUUUAUGUGGCGAAACCAUCUAUGUUUAGUAUUCGAACUGUUAUCCUAUAAUUUAUUCGAUCUUCUGCGCAAUACAAACUUCCGCGGCGUAUCACUGAACCUGACGAAAAAGUUUGCCCAGCAAUUAUGCACGGCGUUAUUAUUUUUAAGUACACCAGAAUUAAAUAUCAUACACUGUGAUUUGAAACCUGAAAAUAUACUACUUUGUAACCCAAAACGAUCAGCAAUUAAGAUAGUGGAUUUUGGCAGCUCCUGUCAGUUGGGACAGCGGAUAUAUCAGUACAUACAAUCACGAUUCUACCGAUCGCCAGAGGUACUGCUGGGGAUACCGUACGACUUAGCAAUCGAUAUGUGGUCGCUCGGGUGCAUCCUGGUCGAGAUGCACACCGGAGAGCCACUGUUCUCCGGUUCGAACGAAGCGGACCAGAUCAAUCGGAUCGUGGAGGUGCUCGGCAUGCCGCCGAAGCACAUCCUCGAUCAGGCGCACAAAACACGCAAAUUCUUCGAGAAGCUUCCGUCGGACGGUAGCUACGUGCUGCGAAAGACACAGAACCAGCGUAAAUACAAGCCGCCCGGUUCGCGCAAGCUGCACGACAUCCUGGGCGUUGAGACAGGUGGUCCGGGUGGGAGGCGGCACGGCGAACCCGGGCAUAGCGUUUCGGACUAUCUUAAGUUUAAGGACCUCAUCCUAAGAAUGUUGGACUACGACCCGAAAACGCGGGUCACACCGUACUAUGCCUUGCAACACAACUUCUUCAAGCGAACCUCGGACGAAAGCACCAACACAGCCAACACGAUCAGCUCGCUAAGCACGAGUCCAUCGGUCAGCACACAAGAUCAACCCAGCCAUGGUCUAUCAUUACACCAGCAACAGUCCUCACAACAGCCACAAAGCCAGCAAACGCAACCAAAAUCACAACAGCAGCAGCAAACACUCGUUCUACUCGCCCAACCAGCCUCAGUCGGAUCGAAUGGGACGCACAGUAGUGGUGGCAGUGUCGGAGCCGUGACUGGCAAUGGUGCAAUCACUGCCAACAGUAGCAGCGUCAACAGUGGUGGCAGUAGUGCUGCCACGGGAGUGAUAAUGCCUAGCAGUAAUACUGUUGGCUCCUCGAAUGUAUCUUCCACCUCCUACCCAUUGGCGAUGGAUUGUGAUCCUCCCGCCUCAUCUAGCCUCAGUCAGUCCCAUCAUACUGGUGGUCCCGCCGGCCGAUAUCCAGGUCCGGCCGUAACGUCGUCUGGUGCUGCUCCAUCACACUAUCAUCGGACUCGAUACUUACCUCAACAGCAGCAGCAGCAGCAACAACAACAACAACAACAACCACAGCCAGGACAACAUUUAGUAGGAUCGUCCGGGGUGCCAGUUGGUGUGCACAAAACUUACGCACCUGCAUCGUUACCACUCGAUCUCGGCACCCAUAUGGCAUCGUCGCUCGGUGGGCUUGUCAUACCGGAUCAUCAUUCCGGUAGCUUUCUAGCUCACAAUUUACCACAAAUGACCGGCGUUCCCGGUAGUAUAGGCGGUGUAACGGUAGGAUCUGCCGGUUAUGCUCCCUUUUCCAUGAAUGAUGCGAUGCUAAUGGUAGCGGCCAGUGCCGGGAUUAGUUCGGCUACUGUUGGACCACAUGCCGGUGCGAGCAGUUUAGGUGUGAUCGGUGGUCCAAUUGGGGUGGUUGGUGCUGGUGGUGGCCCAUCGUCACUUAUCGUCGGUUCAUCAACGGCAGCAGCAGCGGCCGUCAGUGGCGGUAGCCAUCAUCUCAUUGGCAGUACGGGAAGUAGCAUUAGCAACAGUAGUAGUAGUAGCAGUAGCAACAUUGGAGGUGGAGGAGGAGGAGGAAGUGGGACAGGUUCGGGAUCGGUCAGUGGUGGUAAUGGUGGAUCGGGCGGAAACGGAGCAGUUAGCAGUAGUUCGAAAGGGCACGGUCGUGGACCUCCUAGUGCACCGAGCGAUCGGGACGAAUCAUCCCCAAUGGUCGGUGUGUGCGUACAACCGAGUCCAGUCAUCAUUCACUGAC